AAACGCAAAUUUAUAGCAACAUGAAAACAUGGGUAUAAAUAGUGUUGGUCGUUGCAUUUUUUUCCCAACUUUUGCGACUCCAAGAUACAAACCCUAAUUUGAUGUGUCGACUCAAUCAAGUUGCUUGAUAGUCUGUUAUUGCGAUUGUUACUAAAGGAAGUACUUCUUGACAUUUGGAUAUCUGUAUUGGCAAGUGUAGCUGCUGAUGCAGGGUAGUUUAUGUUAUGGACCUAAAUGCCCCUCCAAUACCUGAAGGAAAUGAAGCCAUGUACAGUGAGGUUUUCAGUGAAGAUUCAACCCGAAUAGAACCGAGGAUGACAGCGGCUGAAACUAAUCAGCUGGUUGCAGAUGGACGACAUCCCAAACCAAAAAGAAAGUAUCCAUAUGAUAAUUCUAUGCAAGGUUCUCACAGCUUUAGGAAGAAGAACGAGGGAUAUGAUAGGUAUAGCCUACCCUCAGGCUGGUUGGAUUGCCCUGCUUAUGGUGAUGAAGUAGAUUUUUUUAUUCCUUCAAAAGUCCCCCUUGGAGACUCUUUCAGAGAACGAAUUAGCCCUGACAAAAGAUACACUCCCAGAGAUGUUAUUUAUGAACAAAGGCGCUUGGGAAGAGAGCUAGGUUUAGUGAUUGAUCUUACAAACACUAACCGUUACUAUCCAGAAUCUGACUGGUUAGACGCAGGCAUCAAAUAUGCUAAAAUCAGAUGCCAAGGAAGGGAUGCUGUGCCUGACAGUGAUUCUGUUGAUAGAUUUAUUCAGGAGGUGAUGCAAUUUAGGUCAUAUCAGACUCUGGCGGACAAGUUUGUCCUUGUCCAUUGUACGCAUGGGUUUAAUCGCACAGGCUACAUGAUUGUUCGUUUCCUUGUAGAUACUAUGUCAUUAUCGGUCACUGAGGCAGUUGAUAAAUUUGCAAGAGCACGACCGCCGGGUAUAUACAAAUUGGACUAUAUAGAUGAUCUAUACAACUUCUAUCAGGAAACGAAGCCUCAAUCUCUUGUUUGCCCCCAAACUCCAGAGUGGAAGAAAUUUUCCGACCAGGAGGAUAAUGGAGCUACUCAUUUGCAAGACACUGUAACGGCAUCAGUGAAUAUGACAAAUGACGAUAUUCUUGGAGAUUCCGUGCCUUCCAACCAGAUAGAAGCAUUGAGGCAAUUUUGCCUGCAAGCGUUGAAAUUGAAUGUGCAGGGCAGAGGAAAGCCACAAUUUCCGGGGUCACACCCUGUCUCUCUCAGCAGGGAUAACCUGCAGCUUUUAAGACAACGGUAUUACUACGCCACAUGGAAAGCUGAUGGAACGCGAUAUCUAAUGCUAAUAACUUGGGAUGGCUGUUACUUAAUCGAUAGAAAUUUUUUCUUUCGGAAGGUCCAGUUACGGUUUCCAUGCAAAAAUGUAAAUGAGGGUAUUGAUGGGACUACUCAUCAUUAUACUUUGCUAGACGGAGAGAUGGUUAUUGACACUGAGCCAAGUACAAGGAAACAGGAAAGAAGAUAUCUCAUUUAUGAUCUAAUGGCAAUCAAUAAUGUAUCUCUUGUAGAGCGACCUUUCCAUGAGAGGUGGAUGAUACUUGAGAAUGAAGUGAUAAAACCCCGAAACCAUGAGCGAAACAUGUUGUACAAGAGUCGGAAUCCUUAUUAUAGAUAUGACCUGGAACCCUUUAGAGUGAGAAGGAAGGAUUUUUAUCUACUCUCUGCUGUCACUAAGCUUCUGCGCGAGUUCAUUCCAAAGCUUUCACAUGAAGCUGAUGGUUUAAUCUUUCAGGGGUGGGAUGAUCCUUAUGUACCCCGGACGCAUGAAGGCCUUUUAAAAUGGAAAUUUCCAGAGAUGAACUCAGUUGACUUCCUUUUUGAGGUAGAGAAUAGCCGUCGUUUACUUUUUCUAAAUGAACGGGGGAAGAAAAAGCUAAUGAAUGGACAUAGAGUUGUUUUUAAAGAUGAGUCUGAAAUAUACUCAUUUUCGGGUAAGAUUAUUGAGUGUUCGUGGAACCCGGAGGAUAGAGUUUGGAUCUUUAUGCGAAUAAGGGUGGACAAAUCUACUCCAAAUGAAUUCAAUACCUUCAAGAAGGUCAUGAGGAGCAUUAAUGAUAAUAUCACGGAGGAAGUUGUGUUGAAUGAGAUAAGUGAGAUUGUUCGCCUUCCAAUGUAUGCUGAAAGGAUAAGCAAGGAUUGUCGAGCAUUUGUCAGAACAGCCCAACGCAAAUGAGUAGCAUCAUGGUACCCACCAUGGCGCUUCAUACUUAGAAUCAGUCACCUAAUACCAUAACACCAUAAUAUAAAUUACUUUGAUCAAAUAUACAAAAGUUGCCUUUGACUUCCUUGCCAAAGUCCACAAUGUAUACCUAGAAAAAGAAAGUUGUUUCCCUAAAAAUUGCAGGUGAGACUGAGAAGCAGUUUACAGUUGGGAGUGAACAUUUAAAUUUCAUUUGCUCCUACAAAGCUAACACACCUGGCCUGACUUGACUUCAUUUUACAUGUGGGGAAAAUUUAAUAGACCAAAGGUAUCUGUAUCACUUAUUUGUGGAAACUGCUUAGUUUGUUGCAAUCGACGUGAGGGAAGGUAUAGUUCAACACCUUAUCAGGUUUGUAUAUUGAAAUGCAAUGAAGCAGACUGAUCGUUGAAUACACACCGACAGGACUUUGCUCCAAGAAGUUAGAAGUUGGUAGACUAGAAAUGAAAAUGAAGGAACAUAAGUGUAAAAUUCGUUUAUUUUGCAAGCAAUAUUAGAAUACGAGUAUUUGUUUGAAGUAUAGCGGCUGCAGCCUGCAGGUGUGCUGUAUCAGGUUUGCAAUUUUUUUUAUGCAGACGGACUUGACAAUUGGUAUUGUGUGUACUUUUGAGUUUCGUAUUUAUGAUGUUAAAUCUA